AUGGCCCCUCCAGAAGUAACCGAAGUUAGACACCCCGUUGACGUCGCCAGAUUGACCAAGUACUUGAGCUCGUUGGCGUCACCCUCCCAAGGCACCACCCUUGGGGUCAAUGUGCCACAGUUCGGCUCCAGCCAAUUUGGCAUCAAGCAGUUCGCCUUUGGCCAGUCCAACCCCACCUACUUGUUGGACGACGCUGGCAAGAAGUUCGUGUUGCGCAGAAAGCCCUCCCCCAACAGCAAGUUGGUGUCACGGUCGGCCCAUGCCAUCGAACGUGAAUUCUUUAUUUUGCGUGGAAUCAACGUGUUGAACCAGGGCAAUACCCGUAAGGUGCCUGUGCCUGAAGUGUACGCUUUGUGUGAGGACGAGUCAGUGAUUGGUUACGUGUUCUAUGUCAUGGAAUACAUAGAGGGUGACCAGAUCAAGAACCCCGAGAUGCCUGGUAUCAGCAACGCGGACAAGCAGUUGUACUGGGAGAGCAUUAUGGACACCAUCAGCGCUAUCCACCUCUUGGAUGGCCACAAACUCAUCAACGAGCUUCCCAAGGCCCACUUCCCCCAGUUCCACGACUUGUCCAAGAUCACAGGCUCGUCAUACUUCCAGCGUCAGAUCAAGACCUUGUCGGGGGUCGAGAAGCUCCAGAGACAGACAGUUCCCCAGAUCCCCGACUUCGAGUACAUAUGCAAGUGGACCCUCGACAACGCCCCCAAGGACCCCUCCAAGUUGACCUUGAUCCACGGGGACUUCAAGAUCGACAACGUCUUGUUCGACACCAAAACCAAGAAGGUCAAGGCAGUGUUGGACUGGGAGCUCUGCACGUUUGGGCAUCCGUUGUUCGAUCUUGCUAACUUCUUGCAGGCGUUCCAGUUUCCCAAUUCCUUGAACCGGAUGUUGUACCACCCGCAAGACACAGAAAUUGGCAUGGAGGAUCCACAGUCGCUCCGCGAUAUCCAGACUAGAUUACGCCAGUACCACGACGCGUAUGGGGCACCCUCGUGGGACCCCAAAGACCCCACCAACAACGCAUCCGACCUUUGGAUCUUGGGUUACGUGUUCGGGUUGGUCAGACUCUGCGUCAUUAGUCAGGGUAUCGCCAUGAGAGUCGAAAAAGGAAGCGCUUCCGGCAACGCCACCGGUUUUGCCAAGCUCUACAUUCCUUUGGCAGAAUUGAGCGUACAGACCAUCAAGGAUGGCCAAAAGAAUAGCUCCAAGUUGUAG